CAAUUUUGUUUUCAGUAUAGAUGUUGAUUUAUUAGUUAAAUUAAGGAUAUAAACCAUAGCAUUGCAUAUAAGUGAAUAUAUUUGAAUUAUGGGCUUUUGGGAUUGGUUGAGGAGCUUAUUUGGAAAGAAAGACGAACCAGAAGGUCAAAUAAAGGAACUCAAAGACAAGAUUUCACGCCUAGAUGACGAGCUGGAGAACGUGACACAAGAAAGAGAUCAAUUUAAGUGGCUUCUGGAAGAAACACCUCUGGAGAAACCUUGGAGGUAUGAUGAAUAUGAAAAUCAUGAAGAUGAUUUAUUCUCUCAAGAUACAAAAGACGGAAUAUUGGGAAACAUAGAUUCGACACAGUUUCCAGCAAACUGCCGUUACAUCAAUCUGCUGGUAGUUGGACUAUUUGGAUCUGGAAAGUCUUCUUUUAUUAACACGGCAAAAACUGUCCUUAGAAAUUCUGGUGAAAUAUCAACAAUCGCUGCGGUGUAUGGUGAAUAUUUUGAUCCAUUAACCGAAAAGCUCCAUGAAGUAGUCUUAAAAGAAUUUCAAGACGGGAAAAGACUUCGCAUUUAUGAUUGCCGAGGAAUUCGUGCUGACAGGGGCAUUCAAUCUCAUGACUUGGAAAAAACAAUAAAUGGUUUUGUCAGAAAUGACUACAGGUAUAAUCCAGAAAACGAAAUCGACGAAAACGACGAAUCAUAUAGACAAAAUCCAGUCCUGGAGGAUGAAAUGCACGGCGUCCUUUUCGUAGCUGACGCUGAGAAGUUCAAAGAAAUUGAAAAUGCAGACAUAGCAAUUUUUCGUGAUCUAAGACAGUUUCUCAUAGAAAAAGGAAUCCCACAAAGGCUGAUUUUAACAAAAAUGGAUCGUCUUCACUUGUGCAAACCAGAUUUGCGUUGGAUUUUUAAAAGCAGACAAGCAGAAGAAAGGGGUGAUAUGGCCACCAAAGCAUUUAAUAUGCAGCCCAAUCAGGUAUUUCCAAUUUCAAACUACGUUCAAGAGUCUGUUCAGAGGAUUCCACACGACAUACUGGCUCUAAAAGUAAUAAAAAAUAUCCUGGAUGCCGCUUGUGAAUAUGUUGAACAAAGAUGAUGAAACAAAAUGGUACAUUUUUGUCACCCAGUUGCAUUUGCAUUUUAGCUUAAAUGAUGGCAAACAACAAAAAAAAUCUGAUUUCUAAUGUGUGUGAGGGCCUUAGGGUGUGUGAGGGUGUGUGUGUCUGUGUGUGAGGAAGAAGUUGCGUGUGCGUAAAGUUCUAGUAUAAGUUUUAUGUAUCAUAAUACAAAUGUUUUAUCUAUGAGAUAUGUACUUACCUUAAAGAGUUUGAGCAAAUCUGAAAGAUGGGGAUGACAAAAUAAUUACUUAUCUACUUUUAAUAUAUUUUUACACUGACCUACGCUUGUAGCAACCCUUAAUAAAAAUGCUUUUAGUAAAUAUAGUUUAUUGUAGUAUAUACU